AGCAGUCACACUGUCGCCGAUUCCAUGUUCACGCCGCACGCUCUCCCUCGGAACCCAUAUUCUCGCUUUCCGGUUUCCCGCGGCUCCGUCUUCCCGUCGCACGCAGUUGCUUGGUUACGCAGCGCAGCAUCCGGGGCCGCAGCGCGAGGCCGGGCGGUCGGAGAGAAGCCCGUUCCCGCGCAGGGAUGGAGGAGGGCGCCGAGCUGUCGGUGGUCGUGAGCCAGGUGGUGCAGCGGCUCCGCGGCACACAUUUACAUUCCCACCUGGAGAGAGAGGCCAAAGAGUGUCUGCACAGGCCGGAGAUCCGCAUCGAGUGCCUCAAGGAGGACGUGAGGAACUUCCUGAAGAAAACUGGAUGGGAGCGAAAGCUGCAGAACGCCGUGUACCGAGAACUACAUGUUCUGCCACAACCUAGCCAUGCUGCUGCACCCCCUGAGCACACCAAGGAGCCUCUGGCCUACAUGCGCAAGGCCCAGGCAUGCUGGGAAAAGCGCAUUCUCAAAAGUCUGAACAGCAUGAGCACGGAGCUUGGAGUCCCUUUGGCUCGGAAGAGGCCUGUUCGUGAACAGAAGGAGCUGCUCCAGAAGUGGAGUGAGAUGGGAACAAAUGAACCAGAUCUCAGCCACUUCCGGCCUGUUUAUGCCCCCAAAGACUUUCUGGAGGUGCUGACGAGCCUGCGGAACCCCAACCUGGACAGCAGCGACGAGGCCAGCUGCAGGUCCCAUCUGGGCCUGAUCCAGGUGUCACUCAACGUCAAGGACAUCCCUGAAAUGAGAGAAUUCUUCUGCGAACUAAGUCUGGAGAAGGGCCAGCUUGGCAUUGAUGACCACACCAGUUUCCCCCCAGACCUCUUUGAAAGUGAUCACAUUUGCCUGGGGAAGAAAGUGCUCAGCGAGCAGGACAGCGCUGCUGCGCAGCAGUACAGCCGCCAGGGCUGCCCAACUGGCCUCCGUGCUCACCUCUGGGCCCUCAUCCUGAACUGCAGCAACGACCCUGAGGACGUGAUGCACUACGAGCAGUUGAAGGCUGGGGUCAUCAAUCACGACCUGCUUGUCGACAACUUAAUUUACAAGGAUGUGAAGCUCACAGCCAGUAAUGAUGACUACUACUUUGUGUUUGAAGAUUAUCUGUACCAGGUCUUGCUGUGUUUUUCGCGGGACACUGCUGUUCUGGAGCACUUCAACUACAGCAGCGCUACGCCCCCUACUUGCCACACCAAAGGCCAGUCCGGAGCUGAGGACGGCACGUCGGUGUACCCCCCCAAUGGUGUAGUUCCCUUCCACGGCUUCUCUAUGUACGUGGCUCCUCUCUGCUUCCUGUACAAGGAGCCCUCGCAGCUCUACAGUGUUUUCCGGGAGAUGUACGUGCGCUACUUCUUCAGGCUGCACUCCAUUUCCUCCUCUCCCUCGGGUAUUGUGUCGCUGUGUCUCCAGUUUGAGAAGCUGCUACAGGUGUACCUCCCUCAGCUUUUCUACCACCUGCGGGAGACUGGAGCUCAGCCGCUGCGCAUUGCGUUCAAGUGGAUGGUCCGUGCUUUUUCGGGGUACCUCGCCACGGACCAGCUGCUGCUCCUCUGGGACCGCAUUCUGGGCUACGACUCAAUGGAGAUACUGGCAGUGUUGGCCGCGGCGGUGUUUGCGUUCCGAGCCGAAAACCUGAUGGAGGUGACGUCACUCGCAGCCGCCGAGGCUGUCCUUGCUGACCUUUCAACUCUGAAGGUUAUGCCACUGCUUCAGAUCUUCCUGUUUGCCACCGUCAUCUGAGGACGUGUUGGGCGCUGCAGACUGACGGGCCGAUACCACGUCAAAGCAGCUGGAUCGGCUGCCUGGAGUGGCAUCCGCUUUGGAGUGUGAACAGAGAAAUGUGCAUCAGUCUCUCUGUCUCGUUCGCUUUCCACAUGACAUAAAUACACAUAAACGUCUGUACAAAUGCUGCUUUUCCAUAUAUAUAUAUAUAUAUAUAGUGUGCAGUCUGUUGCCCAGAUUGUAUUUUUUUCUUUCAGCAUUAUGUUAUUUAUAAUUAUAUAAAUAAUAUAUUGAGUUUUGCAGCAGAAAUGACUCAGAGCUGUUUUGCUUUUGCUGUGUACAGUGCCUCCCGACCCCCCACAGACCCUGUGCCCACGACCAGCUCUUUUACUCAUCUCUCUCUCCCUCACCCCCCACUCUGGUGCUCGGCAGCACUGAUUGCAUAGAUUUUUUUUUUUUUUGGUUAUAUUGAAACAGUGCAGAGAGCAGAUCAGAACAUAGGGAAUGUGGAUGGACAGCUAGAUAUCACUGAGACAGCUUUCUUCACCUGUCCUAAGGUCAGGCAUUCGUACUAAUGGGACUGGCAUUGUGAUUAGCACAGUAAUUACAGUAAAUAGUGCCUAAUUGGAAGGGGAGCCCAGUCUGAACACAUUGUGCCAAUUUGUUUUGCUUUGUGUGGCGUAUGGUACCUUACGGGUGUGUGUGUGUGUGUGUGUGUGUGUGUGUGUGUGUGUGUGUGUGUGUGUGUAUACACAUGCUUGAGCACCAUUGUUUGCGAUGGAGCAGGAUGCGUUUACCUUUGUACCUUCGUGUUGAUUAAUGUUUGCUCAUUUGGAAAAUGUGUGUAUGUGAAGCUGUACGGGGAAAAGUACUUUUUUUUAACAAAUCCACAUCUUUAUUGUGGUUCUAAUAAUUAUGUUUUUAUUUUACCAGUGCUAGUAUGUGUAGCUUGUGAUACAUUUUUACUUAAGACAGUGAAUUUGGAUCAAAGCUGAGCUUAUUCCCUGAUAUGUUUUUAAAAUACUCUGUACUAUACAAUGCUGUCUUAAGUUUUUAUUUCUCAUUCUUAGCAACAAAAAUCAUGUCCGUGUAUUUUACCCAUGUGAGAGCUACUAUUGUUUAACUGUAUUUUGGGUUCACUCAUGCUGUUGGAUCUAUUGUAUGUUCAGCUUUUCAGAAUUUUUCAUUGUUUUGGCGGACUACAGAACAUUUUAAACCAUUUCAUUUUAUUUCUGAACAGUUCAAGUGCAAUGCUCUUCAAACCUGUAUUGUUUUAGAAAGCUGUAUUUUCUUCACAAAGGGCAUGCACCUGAAUUGCUGGUUUAGUCCUCGAAUAAAUGUAGAACAUUGAUUUAGAUGGUGUAUUAAAGAUAAAUUCAGCCUGCAAUAUUUGUGCACAGUCUGCAAUAUCUGGGUGAGGAAGAUCACGUGUCUGUAUGCAUACCAUACUUUGACACGAGGUUAUUAUUGUACAAAUGUACAUUGUAUACAGUAUGUACACCAUUGGUCCCUGCAUGUUAGCCCAGUGGUAUUACACCAGGGACAGUAUUUAUCCCAGAAGUACUGUGUGGUUGUGUCCACUUUUGGACUUGCCAGAACUGCAUGACUAAUGUGAUGCUAAACGUGCCGGAUGUGGGACCACCAGCUUCUUGGAGAUGAGAUGUUGACCAGAAAGUCUUUUGCAUCGUUACUGGAGAUGUGGUGCCCGUUCCUCUGUCGCUCCCUCCUGCUUGUCCAUCUCGUACGCCCAGAAGUUCCUGUGUGAUGUCAGGGUACUGAAUGGUGGAGUACUUUGCGCUGUACACCAUACAUUUAGAAUUGCCAGCUUGAGACAUCAGCUCUCCUGCUGGAAACACUAAUGCUGACUCAAUAAAUUACUGAAG